AUGGAACCACGCGCGAGAGCUGGUAAGAACGUCGGCAAGGAGACGUUCCCUGCCAAAGAUCUUGCUGCCCUUAUGUACGCUUAUGGCGAUGUCAUCAACCCGAUUCCCGAGACCGUGCGCGUCAUGGACGAGAUCAUGACCGAGUUUCUCGAGGGCAUCUGCUUCGAAGCCAGCCGCCACGCCACCGUCGCCGGCCGCCAGAAGCUCAAGUUCGACGACUUCGAGUUCUCCCUGCGCCGCCAGCCCGAGUACCUCGGCAGGAUCCGCACCAUGUUCGAGAAGCGCAAGGAGAUCACCAAGAUGCGAAAGACCUUUGGCGGAGACGACGACCAAGUCUUGCAGAAUCAGGGCAAGGAGGACACCGCCGCCAACGGCGCCAACAAGAAGCGCCCGGCCGAUGAGGAUCUGCUCGACGAUUUCGACGAUGACGAGGAUAUACUCGAAGCGAGCCAGAGCAAGAAGAGGAAGAUCGGUUGA